GGAGAGAGAGGGAGAAAGAGAGAGAGAGAGCGAGCGAGCGAGCGCGCGAGGCAAAGCAAAGCGCGGCUCCAACUGUUGAAUUUUCUCUGAAUUCUCCGCUUACCUGCGGGCGGCUGGUGAAAUGGAUCUGGUUUAUCUGGGAUCGGCGUUCGCUCCGCGUGCUGCCUGGCUAAGACUGGCGACCGUCUAUUUGCAAGGGGCCACCCAUCAAUGAGGCAGAGAAGAAUAUUUGUUUUUUCUUCUUUUUCGUUUGAAAGCCUCCCUACCAUACGUUGCAGAAUUAACUGUGUACUUUGGGUCCGGACUCAAAUAAAGGAGAAAAAAACGGUGCAGAACUGAGACUCGGAACUAGAUCUGUGAGCAAUGUAUUGGGAACCUAUAUUUUUAUUGGGUUUUUUCUUUUAAUUUGAAAGAUUUCUGAUUUAUUUCACACAUAACACUGAGGAAAGGUGGUUAAAAACACUCAGCAAAGCAGGAAUCAGACGCGCCUCUGUGCCAGUGAGUGGAUAACAGCCUUGUUUUCCUGAUCCUCAGUCUCCCGGAGAAAGAGAGUGAGUCAGAGAAGCGUUAGAAAGAAGCUGCAACUAAUGCCUGUGAAGGGAGGAACAUGAGGCGAUAGUCAAUGUGAUUUGUUCCGCUGGAUCUGACUCAUCCAAGCAGAUUGAAACACCUGCAUUUCUGGAUUUGACAUUCAUUUAUUUCAGUCCUCGCUCCCACUCCCUUUGAUUCGGGAAGGAAACAGUGAGGGUGUACGAGACAGAGAGGGGGGAAAUACCGAUGGCAGCGAGAUGCAGCCCUCCGCCGCAAGCAAUGCAAGAUUAGAUCUCUAAAUGCAGCAAAACACUCCCUGAAAACCAACAACCCCGCGGUGCAAUCAGACAUUUCACUACCUCUCACUGCACACGAAGAGGGCUUCAACAAGCUGAGACUUUUUUUUCCCUUCUGUCUCUCCUACCCCUCCACUCCAUCAAUCGCAUCGCAAGCGAUGAGUAGCAAAUAAGCUUUUCUAUCUCUUGCUACAGACCUGUGACCACCCUCCUUUCCUAUGCAUAUAUAAAUACACAUAUUUAAGAAAAAUAUUUUUGAUUUACAAAAACCAAACAACUACUGCCACCGGUUUUUUUAUUAGUGUUAUUAUUUUUAUUAUCCUUUGUACAUCUGCGGGGAUUCAAGGAUCAGGAACACAUCGCCUGCCCGGAGGAGAAGAUCUUUUGCAAAUUUUGUGAUUUUUGAAACCCUCCCACUGCCAAAGUUGGACAGCCGAAGUAACUGCGAGGGGACUGCAAUCACGGCAAGCUCUUGCUGAAACGCUGCCGAAGCUGUUCCCUCCCUCCCCUCAGCCCCCCCGCACACGAUUGCUUCCUCCCUCUGAGCUACAUGGUCUAUUUGCUGCCUCCCAUCCUGUGUCUCUGCAGACGUUUUAGAGCAACAGGUUCAGGAACUUGAAAUAUAGGGGUGGGGAGAGAGAAGGGAAAAAAUAAAAAAAAAAAAAAGAAAAAGGAAGACAAAAAAAGAGCCGUCGGAGGAGGAAGAACAACCCCAGCGCAGGAGGCAAAGAACACGGGGACAACCCCGGUCGUCGCUGCAGCCCCGGUCACCUCCACCCCCUGCUCGGGGAUGUACCUUUCCAUUUGUUGCUUCUUUUUCUUCUGGGCUCCUGCCCUGUCGCUAAAGAACCUGAAUUACUCGGUGCCAGAGGAGCAGGGAGCGGGCACGGUCAUCGGGAACAUCGGACGCGAUGCGCGGCUGGCGGCAGGCACGGGGGGAGGCGGGAUGCUACCUGCGGAGCGUGGCGCUCCCGGUGGCGGCCGCGGCCCCAAGUCCACCUUCCGGGUGCUGGAGAACUCAGCCCCGCACCUCCUGGACGUGGACGGGGAGAGCGGGCUGCUCUACACCAAGCAACGCAUCGACCGUGAGGCGCUGUGCAGGCGCAGCGCCAAGUGCCAGUUGUCCCUCGAGGUGUUUGCCAACGACCAGGAGAUCUGCAUGAUCAAAGUGGAGAUUCAGGACCUGAAUGACAAUGCACCAUCCUUCCCCUCUGACCAAGUGGAUAUGGACAUCUCGGAAAAUGCUGCACCAGGCACCCGCUUCCCCCUCACCAGCGCCCACGACCCAGAUGCUGGGGACAAUGGUCUGCGCACCUAUCUCCUCACCCGUGAUGACUAUGGCCUCUUCUCCCUUGAUGUGAAGUCUCGUGGUGAUGGCACAAAGUUUCCAGAGCUGGUCAUCCAGAAGCCAUUAGACCGUGAGGAGCAGAGUCAUCACACCCUGGUACUGACAGCACUGGAUGGUGGUGACCCACCGCGUUCAGGCACGGUGCAGAUCAAUGUGCGCCUCAUUGACUCCAAUGACAACAGCCCUAUCUUUGAGGCAGCCUCCUACGUGGUAGAGCUGCCGGAGAAUGCACCCCUAGGCACUGCUGUCAUUGACCUCAAUGCCACUGAUGCUGACGAGGGUACCAAUGGAGAGGUGCUCUAUUCCUUCAGUGGCUACGCGCCUGAACGCGUCCGUGACCUGUUUAGCAUCGACCCACAGAGCGGCCUCAUCCGUGUCAAGGGCAACCUGGACUAUGAGGAGAGCGGCCUCAUUGAGAUUGAUGUCCAGGCUCGGGACCUGGGGCCCAAUCCCAUCCCCGCUCACUGCAAGGUCACUGUCCGCCUCAUUGACCGCAAUGACAAUGCUCCCACCAUUGGCUUUGUCUCUGUUCGCCAGGGAGCACUGAGUGAGGCUGCCCCACCAGGCACCGUCAUUGCCCUGGUGCGGGUCACUGACCGUGACUCAGGAAAGAACGGGCAGCUCCAGUGUCGGGUGCUGGGCGGUGGCGGCGGGCCCGGUGCCGUUCCUUUCACCCUGGAGGAGAACUAUGACAACUUCUACACUGUGGUCACUGAUCGACCUCUAGACCGUGAGGCACAAGACGAAUACAAUGUGACCAUUGUGGCACGUGAUGGGGGCAAUCCCCCACUUAACUCCACCAAGUCAUUUUCCGUCCGUAUCCUUGAUGAGAAUGACAACCCACCCCACUUCAGCAAGAACCUUUAUGUCUUACAGGUGCCUGAGAACAACAUCCCUGGAGAGUAUUUGGGCUCAGUCUUGGCCCAGGACCCCGACCUGGGCCAAAAUGGGACGGUGUCUUAUUCCAUUUUGCCUGGGCAUGUGGGAGAUGUCUCUAUCUACACCUAUGUCUCUGUCAACCCUACAAAUGGUGCUAUCUAUGCCCUGAGGAGCUUCAACUACGAGCAGACAAAGCACUUUGAGUUCCGUGUGCUGGCCAAAGACUCUGGUUCACCCCACCGUGAAAGCAACGCCACAGUGCGUGUUACUGUGCUCGAUGUCAACGAUAACGCGCCCCUCAUUGUCCUUCCUGCCCUCAUCAAUGACACUGCCGAGCUGCAGGUACCACGCAAUGCUGGGGUGGGCUACCCUGUGGGGACCGUCCGCGCCCUGGACAGUGACUUUGGGGAGAGUGGGCGCCUCACAUAUGAGAUUGUGGAAGGCAAUGAGGAGCACUUCUUUGAGAUGGACCCCACUAGUGGUGAGAUACGCACCUUGCAUCCCUACUGGGAGGAGCUCAGCCCUGUGGCUGAACUGGUGGUAAAAGUCAGUGACCAUGGCAAGCCCAGCCUCUCUGCAGUGGCCAAGCUCAUAGUCAGGGCCUUGGCAGGGCCCCUGCCCGAGGCCGGUGAGCCACAGGUGAACGGUGAGCAGCACCGGCGACCACACUGGGACUUGUCACUGCCCCUUAUCGUCACGCUGAGCACUGUCUCCAUCAUCUUGCUGGCUGCCAUGAUCACUAUUGCUGUGAAGUGCAAGCGAGAGAACAAGGAGAUCCGCACCUAUAAUUGUCGCAUUGCUGAGUAUAGCCACCCUCAGCUGGGAGGAGGGGGAGGCAGUGGCGGGGGAGGAGGAGGCAGUGGCAGUGGAGGGGGCAAGGGCAAGAAGAAGAAGAUCAGCAAGAAUGACAUUAUGCUGGUACCCAGUGAGGGCGAGGACAGCCGGGGUCCCCUCAAUGUUAUGAACGUGGUGAGCAGCCCAUCCCUGGCCACCUCACCCAUGUACUUUGACUACCAGACCCGCCUGCCCCUCAGCUCUCCCAGGUCUGAGGUGAUGUACCUGAAGCCCGCCUCCAACAACCUGACUGUACCCCAGGGACAUGUGGGCUGCCACACCAGCUUCACAGGGCAAGGGACUAACGCCAGCGAGGCUCCCCCGAGCCGGAUGUCCAUAAUUCAGACAGACAAUUUUCCCGCAGAGCCCAAUUACAUGGGCAGCAGGCAGCAGUUUGUUCAAAGUAGCUCCACGUUCAAGGAUCCAGAAAGAGCCAGCUUGAGGGACAGCGGGCAUGGGGACAGUGAUCAGGCUGACAGUGACCAAGACACUAACAAAGGCUCCUGCUGUGACAUGUCUGUUAGGGAGGCACUCAAGAUGAAAACUACUUCAACUAAAAGCCAACCACUUGAACAAGCAUUCCCGACUUUGCUUUCCUUUGCUAUCCUCACCCUACAUACCAUCACAAGUAGACUUCAGUCUGUUGAUCUGCUUCUUUCAGAACAGCAAGGCAGAGGCCAAAGACCCAUUGUUGGGAUCUGUGGACCAGCCCGCUGUGAGGAUGGAAAAUUUUCAGAGCAAGAAGAAUGUGUUAACUGCACAGAUGAAUGCAGAGUGCUUGGUCAUUCUGACAGGUGUUGGAUGCCACAAUUUCCUGCAGCCAGUCAGGCUGAGAAUGCAGAUUAUCGCACAAAUCUCUUUGUACCCACAGUUGAAGCUAAUGUUGAGACUGAGACAUACGAAACUGUGAAUCCCACCGGGAAAAAGACUUUUUGUACAUUUGGGAAAGACAAGAGAGAGCACACUAUUCUCAUUGCCAAUGUUAAACCUUACUUAAAAGCCAAACGUGCCCUGAGUCCUCUGCUUCAGGAGGUUCCCUCAGCAUCGAGCAGCCCAACCAAGACAUGCAUUGAGCCUUGCACCUCAACAAAAGGACCACUGGAUGGUUGUGAAGUGAAAUCAGGAGCCUUGGCUGAACCCAGCAGCCAGUACUUGUCAACUGACAGUCAGUAUCUAUCGCCCAGUAAACAGUCAAAAGACACUUCCUUCAUUGCAUCAGAUCAGAUGGCUAGGGCCUUUGCAGAUGUACAUUCCCGAGUGAGCCGAGACUCGAGUGAGAUGGACUCUGUUCUGGAGCAGUUAGACCGUUCAGCCCGGGAUCUAGGCAGGGAGUCGGUGGAUGCCGAGGAAGUUGUGAGAGAAAUAGACAAGCUCUUGCAGGACUGUCGGGGAAGUGACCCUGUGGCCAUCAGAAAGUGAGGGGGAAAAUGGACAGGCUGACAGUUUGGUUCUUCUUCUGCUGAUUAAAAGUAAAUAAAUAAAUAAAUCCCCUGCUUGUAACAGAAUUAACAGGAAUGAAGGAAGACCAAUGCUGCUUUAAGGCUUUUAGUGAACAUCUGAAGUGCCCACAAGUAUGUUCUUUUCACUGCUCUUUCUUUUUGACAGAUAACACUGGUUUCAUUUUGACCAAACUUUCAUUAGGACAGAGUCAAGUACACCAAGAAUAAAAUGAAAGAAGGAAAGACAGUGCCAUUUUGACAAUCUGAUAGGAAGGUGUGAGAAAGAUGGAGUGGAAAUACGUGUGCUACUUUAAGACUGUCCUCAAAUAGCUGAUGCUGACUUUACUGUUUACGUAUAAACCCCAAGAAAAAAAGGGUUGAAUAAUGCUGAUCUGUGGUGGAUUUCCAGCAGUCACCACAGGCUUCUAUUGAAAGUCCUAUAAAGAGUUAUUGUAGUAGUCCAAGUGACAUCAAACAUUAACAUUCAUUUGUGGUAAAUAUUUAUGUACAAAGUUAUCUGCCACAAAUAUGGGAAAGAAAAAAAAGAACAAUAAAACAGAAAGAACCAUUCCAGAACAUUAUUCAAGGAAACAUAUCCUAAUCAUUAAUGAAACACUUCAUAUCAUAUUAAGGUUAAGUGUAAAAUGAUAUAGUCCAUCUUGUCCUGCACACACAUAAGCUAACUCACUUGAUAAAAAAGAAAAAAAAUUAAUAUCUAUUUAGCUUUUUAGUGUCCAACAAAGCUAUAAAUAGUUAGUGAUAAGUUUAAAAAAAAAAGGAAGUAAAAUAAAGUUUGAAAAAAAAAUAGAGUUACCUUAAGGGUAAUACAGAAAAGAAAUUAACAUUAUUAACACUUCUUUAUUCAUUUGUGGACACUAAAAUAGCUCAGGAGGGUGAAAAUGUCUUAGACAUCCACAAAAAUCACAUGGUCAUUUAAAUGUGCAAAUGUAAGAAAAUUCAGUGUGUUUACAUCAAAUGACAUAUUUUUAUUGAUUUAUUGCAGAUUCAGUGCAUAUGAGCCAAAUUGUUGAGUGUAUAAGAGCUAUAUUGUGUAUUUUAUUAAAUUAAUAUAUAGUUGUGUUGCAAAAAUAUUUGGGCUUAUAUUGUAAAUGGCAAGUGUUGCCUCGGUAGCUGUCGAACUCUAUGAGUUUUGUUUUUUCCUGCUUCCUUUUCCCCAUGGAAUAUGGGAAGCAGCGCCUCAGAGCAAAGUCUCUUGUUUAAUGUAUGGUCUACAAAGUACUGCAGUACAUAAUCUGUUCAAAAUGUGUUUGAGUGAGCUGAUGGAGCUAACUGAACAGCCUACAAAUACAUCCAUCAGUCAUGGUUAUGUGCAAGUCCUUGUAGAAGCUUCUAUUGCAAACUCAUGUGUAAUAACAAAAAUUACACUCGAGCCAACAGCUGGAACCUCCUUGGUUGUUUUUUUUUUUCAAACACAUGCAACCAGCCUGUUUAAUGUACGAUAUUUGACUGACUUUUUCAGAGAUGACACCAUUUCCAAAUUUUUGAUAUAAAAUUCAUAGAACUGGAAAAUGUUUCAGUACCGAUAUGGCGUAAGGAGUAUUUCAUCUGAUUCUUCAGAAUAUGCAAUUGCUUACUGCAGUUCUAGAUAAACACUGGUUAUUUUGGGGAGUGGUUUUAGUUUGAUUUUCACUUGAAUACUAUUUUCAGAUAACUUGGUAUAUAGUUUCUACUUUUUAUUAUUUUUUUUCUAAGAGUGUUUUUAUUGCAUUUGAAAAAUUCAAAAUUACUUUCAGGUAUAACUUAAAAAACAACACAUAUUCAAAAUGAACUUGCACAGAACAAGAAGAAGCAGAAGAAUAAAAUUACUAGCUCAGGAUAUACACUUCAGUUAGUCCGUUGAAAAUACCACUAUGGCACAUCGUUAAAAAGUUAGGUAUUGGGUUUAUUGAAUUUAAUCUGUACUAUAAAAACACUUAUAAAACAGAUUGUCACUCUGAAAUACCAUAAGCCAUAGUCUUUCAAGAAAGAAAGUUGACCCAACAGCCUAUUUUGGUUUUGAGAUUGCAUUUAAAUGGUGAUUCUUAGCUAGUUAGUCCUACAAUGAAUUGUCUUUGGGAGACAACCGUUCUGACAGUUUGCUUUUAGCUCCUCCUGUUAAAAAAAAUCCACUAUUACAUGUAAGAAAAGGAUCUUGUACAUGUCUUAUCAAGCUACUCUCCAUGUUUUGGACAAUUUAUGUAUCUAAAAUGUGGUGUUGUCUGUGUUAUAUAAUUUUAUUUUUUUGGCCAGGAGACCUGAGAUUGGUUUUGCUUGAUAGCUUGAUAGCUUGAAAUUCCAUUGUGGAGAGGAUUUCUUAUUGUUUGAUUGAUCUUUUAUACGUAUUUUCGUGGUGCCCAUCACUUCAGUGUCUGUGCACCAAAUCUUUAGCUCUGCCGGUGAGAUCCAUUAUUCAGCAAAAUCUAAGCCAAUAUGUAAAUGCAGUCAAGUGAUGGAGAUUUGUGUAUUUUAUAAAUGAUUUUAACACUGAAUAACCAAUUGUACAAUUCAUGUAUGUUUCUGAAGACAUAAAACCACAACAUUCUGAGAAAGGGCUGUGCCAAUGUACGAGGAAUUUACCUUAAGGCUCUCUGUCACUAGUGAUUUACUAGCUUUAGCUGUUUAACACAUUAUCUGUAUUUAGUAGUGAUUAUUUAUUUACCAGUCUGAGGUAAUUCAGAAUUCAUGACUCACAACUUUAUAGAAGAGUUUAGGAAACCUUACUUUUAUUUAAUUUGGCUUAUGACUGCCUUGUGUUGUAGAACUCUGGCAUACUGCUUCCAAUAAGGAUAUCCCAGGUUAAAAACUCUAUUUCACAAUUUAGAAUGGAUGCAUAAUGAACCAAUAAACCAGUAAAGCUUAUACAAUGUGAGUUUUACUGGUUCAGUCAAAAUUAACAUGAUUGUGUGUGAAGGAUAUACUGCACACAAAGGAAUUUAAAAAGUGUUUUUUCUCCAUGGUAUCUCUAGUAUCACCAUUGGAGAAAGAGGCAGCAAUGAAAGAUAAAAUUUUGGAGUUAUUUAGCUCAUUUCUUACAUAUAUGCUUUAUAAGAUUAGGAGAAAAUAUCCGCCACAUCAUUAUAAAGAGAAUGUUGGAGUUAAGGGAGACAAGUUAGAACAACUAAUAAAUUUGUACUGUGCACUGUGAAUAACGAAUAAGGCAUUCUAUAUAUUUUUUUAAUUAACAAAAGCCAGAAACUGGGAGUUCCUUAUACAAUUGGCCAAUCAAAUCAGAACUCAAAACCAGACCUUUUUUCCUUUUUUUUUUUUAAUUGGCAUAUUUAGCAGGAGAUUCUCCUGAACUGUGAUUUGCCACUUAAGAAUAGACAUUUCCCAGUCCAAGUUACCCUAGAAGUCAAAUGUUGCUCAUAGUGGAGCAAGAUGUAUCAUUCAAACAGUUUUCAUGCUGCUUGCUGUCAAAUGAAAGGGCAAUUGCUGAGGUCAAGUAGGAGUCUGAAGCCUAGCAUAACAUGCACAUGCUCAUUAUUGUUUAAUUACUUUCUUUUUACAUCAGGUAGUGAUUAUUAUUGCAUUAAUUUAAAUGGGAGUUUUGGCUAUCAAGAUUUGUUGAUUUGAAGUGUAAUUGAAUGAAAUCCGAUUAAGGUUUUGACUUCUCUGGCCCAAUUGUGAUACAGGUUGGCAUUCUCAUUUAUCAGCCCCUGUCUCCCCAUAUGGCUCAAAGUUGCACCAAUGACUGGUGAAUGACACAAAAACCCCCAAACAAAAGCAGCAUACAUUGUAUGGAUUUUCUCAACCGCUAUUGUUUAAUGGCUGUGUUUAAUGUGACCUAUCUGGAAAAUGAGGACUACGAAUAAAAAGCAAUUACUAAUAGUGGUGUUGCCUGCUUUUGCAUUCAUUAACACAGAAGAAAUGUGUUAAACACUGCAUACCACAGGGAGCCUGAUGGUAAUUACUUUGGAAAAGCAACUUGUGGCAAUGCGGCUGUUACAGCUAGUUAUCAGUUUGCCAAAAAAAUGACAGUUCCUGCUUCAUUUAUUAGAAAUGUGUAACUGUUUUCUCUCAACAGGAAAGUGGUGAAGAGUUUUCAUCAAGCUGGGUAGGUUUAUCUUUUAAGCAGCUGAUGCACUGAAUCCCUACAGGCUGUUAUUUGCUCAUAGAAACAUGGAGCUGAAUAAAGGAUAUUUUGGUUUAGUA